AUGGCUUCUACUAUGCCGAAUACAGCAGCUUUGAGCAACAGUGGCGAUAAAACUGAAAAAACCCUAGCUUCUUCACUUGGUGAGCUAGUACAAGCAUCAAAAAAUCUUCCAAGACGGUCAAAUGGCGUCGGAUCGCUCAGAAGGAGCCUUGCGGAGAUCCGGAGACGCGCCAUGGACAUGCGGAAGUACAACAAGGAGGGCGCAAAGCGGAAUCCGUACAGCAAAGUGCAUUAUUUGAUGAUGGGGAAGGGAAUAACGAUUGAAGACAUGGAGGACGAGCUCCGGUCGAUCGACGUGCGUCCGGUCGGCAGCGACGCCUCGGCGGUGGUCCCUGGGAGAAGGCAGGCUGCGGGAAAAGCAGAAAAAGCGGACGGCGCCGGCGCUUUCGGUGAUGUCGGAGAUUAUAUGGCUGUGCAGCGCCACGAGAGCAUUCUGAGCGCCAUUGAGCAGAGUUUGUCGACAUCAGCGCGGGAUUUUGACCGGUUCGUGAGUGAUAAUGUGUCUGCUGAGUGGAAAAAAAGCACGAGGAACGUCGAGAGCGCGCUCCAGAGCAUAUUGAAGCCGGCGCAACAGCCGCAGCCGCAGCCACACGCACGCACGUUCGACAAGGAGAAAAAGACUGCGCUCGCCUGGCGCAGCAGACCGUCCACGAAUAUUUUGUCCGCGCAGUACACAUUUGAGGACGUGGGCAAGGAUGCGAGCAGCGCUGCACGCGCCAACCCGAACGUGUCGCUGGCGCUCCGGCGCAAGUUCGAGCUGUAUGCGCAGGUGGUGUACAACUUGAACGAGGCGCGGCAGGCUGGGCGCUGGUACCCAAUCUGUACUGUGUUUGCAGAUCUUGCCAAACACGAGAUGACCACUCGCGCCAAGCAGAUGCAUGAGGCUUGGAUGAUUGUGCGCGAUGUGUGUGGCGAGGGGGAUGCGGAGCGCGAGGAGGCGAAACAGCGCCGAGUUGCAGGCGCGGGCAGCGCCAAUAGCGCCAGUAGCGCCAGCGCAUCGCGGCCUGCGCGGCUCGAGGAACGCAAGUUUGCGCGCGCAUACACGGGCGAGGAGGCGCAACUGCGCCAGAAAAUCGUCGCGCGCAGCAGAGCGUACUUGGAAGAGCAGUUCUUGGAUCACGUGACCGAGCUGUACGCAAAGGUUGCGGGUGGCGCUGCGCCGGCAUCGAAUGCGCAGAAAGUGCAGAAGUUCGUCGAGUUGACGCGCAAGAGUAAAAACGGCAAGUGGAAGGUGGAAAAUUUGACGUUUGUGAAUUUGGUGCCGAUCUGGGCGACGUUGUUCUACCUCAUGCGUGCUGGGUGUUACGAUGAGGCGCUAGCGCUGGUGGAGAGCAAUGUGGAUGGGUUCCAGAAGUUGGAGCGCUCGUUCCCGCUGUACAUGCGCGCAUACUGCGCCAGUGCAGCGCAUGCGCUCCCUGCGGAUCUUCACGACCGCCUGGCUAAUGAGUUCAACCAGUACUUCCGGCGGCUUGGUGCACAGAAGAUGGACCCGUACAAGUAUGCGGUGUACAAGCUGAUUGGGCGCUGUGAUUUGGCGCGGCGCGACUUGCCGUCAGUUGCGCUCACGACUGAGGAUUGGCUCUGGUACCACCUAGGACUUGUGCGUGAGAGUGGUAGCGCAGGCGUGGAUGCGGGUGCGGGUAGUGCUAGCGCAGUUAGCGCAGUUAGCGCAGGUAGUGCAGAUAGCGCAAGCAGCGCAGGCGCGGAUGGCGCAUUCGACGGGCCGCUGCAGCCAGAGAUCUACCGCCUUGGGGAUCUCCAGCAGGCAGUCGUUUCCCUUGGCGCCAGCGCGUUCGACGGUUCGCGCAGCAACCCGCUCUACUUGCAAGUGUUGCUUCUCACCGGGCAGUACGAGCGCGCAGUCAAACACGUGUUUGAGUCUUCGGAAAUGGACGCAGUGCACCUUGCGGUGGGCUUGGCGUACUACGGGUUGCUGCGGGUUGCGGUAAGCGCAGGGGGUGCUGAAAGUACGCUCGGUGCGCCGGAUGCGCCCGCCAUCCGUCUCAUGCACGUGUCGGCGCAGGGCGUCGCGUCGAUCGACUUUCCCCGCCUCGUCGGCCACUACGUCCGUGCCUUCAAGCUUUCGGACCCCCGCGUCGCCGCAGAGUACCUUGUGCAAAUAUGUAUGUGUCAAAACACGCAGAACCCAGAGCUGGAAAAACAGCAAAUUGCGAUUUGCCAGCAGGCAGUCCGGGACUUGGUGCUCGAAACAAGAGAAUUCGUUAUUUUGCUCGGGCGCAUCGACAAAUCGGGAAGCCGGGUGCCCGGCGUGGUGGAAAAAAGGAGAAAGCUCCUCUGUUUGGACGAUUCAACAACAUUUUUGCACAAUAUCGCCGAAAAAGCAGCCCGCUCGGCCGAGCAGGAGGGCCGGCCUUAUGACUGCAUCCUUCUAUACCAGCUGGCCGAGGAGUACGAGACGGUUUUGGCAACGGUCAACGUGCUGCUGGGUGAUUUCGCCGCUGCAGCAGACUUCCGUACACCACUUGGCCCCGUGGUGCAGGCAGACCGCAUUCUAGGCGAGGCAAACAUCGUCAAGUUGGCCCGCCGGUUGCUCAAGAUGUACUCGGGCUCGGCCGAGAUGCUUGCGCGGACCUCUGCCUCCCGCCGGCACACGUGUGAUGCUCUUUUGCAGCUGAUCGAUCUCUUUGUGGACUUCACAUCGUCUGCUCCGGACCUGGUCGACAUCUUGGCCCGGGUCAAAAGCCUUGGCCUCACUCCUUGCAGCCCGGACUUGUCCAUGGACCGGAUCCGGGCCAAAGCGGACGAGUUUUCUGCGCUCGAUCAGCCGUUGGCCCGCUGCGUGCCCAACACGCUAAUCGUCCAAAUGAGCUGCAUCUCUCAGCUUUUGUACGAUUUGCAGCAGGGCAUUGAUGCCGUCCGCUUCGACCGGCUUGCCGGAUCCCAGACCAACGGCUCCAAAGACGAGAAGAUCCGCCAGCUCCGGCUCAUGUCCAAGUACUGCAUGGUGUACGCGGGCAUGGUGCAGUACAAGAUGCCGCAGGAGGUGUACCGGACGUUGGUGAGCCUCGAGGCCGAUGUGUAG